CUUCCCUCCCUCGUGCCCUUCUCUUUCUCUCUCUACACCAGCUGCAAGCGUAUGAUGAUUCCACGACUACGAGAAAGGGUUUGAUGAAUCAAAGGUGACUUUCAACUGUUAUUCUUCAUCGUUGAGCUCUGGAAAACCUAGAAGACUUCGCCGGAGGUCACUUUACAGUCUCCUGGACCUUCUUCCUUCUCCCUUCCGUCGAGAUCGAGAUGGUGAAAAAACAAGUACCUGAUUGGCUCAACAGUUCUCUCUGGUCUGCUCCUCCUCCAACUCCUACACAUCCAGAUGACGAAGAAGAUAACGGUGGAGAUAAUCGCAUCAUACGAAAAUCUGGAACUUCUACUGUCUCUUCGGAGACUUCAACUCGUACGGAGUCGCCGAUUCGAGAACCGGUAACGGUUACUCCUCCGGCUAUGAUCAAACCGGAGUCUCAGAAGGUGGAAGUUAGAGAUCAGUUGAGUAAUGGAGAUGAUAAUGGUAGCUCUGUCAGUUCCUCCGCCGAUGAAUUGGCGCGACAAGCUCAGCUCAUGCAAGAGCUUUUAAGGAAAGUGAUAAAUAUGGGAGAAUUGAGGAGAAUUGCAUCACAAGGUAUACCGGAUAGUGAUGGCAUUCGAGCAGUAGUGUGGAAGCUUUUAUUGGGAUAUUUGCCACCUGAUCGAGGGCUAUGGUCAUCUGAACUAGCCAAAAAGAGGUCUCAGUACAAGCAUUUCAAAGAAGAGCUUUUUCUGAAUCCUUCAGAUAUUACGAGGAGAUUGGAGAAGACAAAUAUCGGGAAUGAGGAAGUAAAAUGUGUAAAUGGUGGUGCCUUACUCUUAAGAUCAGAGAUACCUCAUGGAGAACACCCUUUGAGUCUUGGGAACACCAGCUUAUGGAAUAAGUUCUUUCAGGAUUCGGAGAUUAUAGAGCAGAUAGAUAGAGAUGUUAAACGGACUCAUCCUGACAUGAACUUUUUUUGCGGGGACAAUCAAUUUGCAAAAUCAAACCAGGAAUCUCUGAGAAGCAUAUUGAUAGUCUUUGCAAAGCUGAAUCCGGGUAUAAGAUAUGUGCAAGGAAUGAAUGAAGUUCUGGCACCUCUAUUCUACGUUUUCAGAAAUGACCCUAAUGAGGAAAAUGCGUUCGCUGCAGAAGCAGACACGUUCUUUUGCUUUGUCGAGUUGUUAAGUGGAUUCCGGGAUCAUUUCUGUCAACAGUUAGAUAACAGUGUCGUUGGAAUCCGUUCUACAAUUUCCAAGUUGUCCAAACUUGUGAGAGAACACGACGAGGAGCUUUGGCGUCAUCUUGAGGUCACAACAAAAGUAAAUCCUCAGUUUUACGCAUUCAGAUGGAUUACUCUUCUCCUGACUCAAGAGUUCAAUUUCUCUGACAGCCUCCUCAUAUGGGAUACACUCUUAAGCGAUCCCGAGGGUCCUCUUGAAACUCUACUACGAGUAUGUUGUGCGAUGCUGAUAAUUGUUAGGAGACGAAUACUAGCUGGAGACUUCACGUCUAACCUCAAGUUACUUCAGAACUAUCCUCCGACAAACAUCAGCCACUUACUCUACGUUGCCAACAAGCUUCGCACACAUUUGGUUUGAUUGAUCAUAGGUAUAUUGUUAUGUGAAGUUAUUUAUUUGAAUAGGGAGCCAGAUUUUUUUUUAUAAAAACAUAAAAAAAACCUUUUAUUCUUGUGUUGAAAUUUGCUUAUGUAAAAUUUAGUCUCCAAAAAAGAAAAAGAAUGUAAAAUUAUUUGUGUUUAAAAGAACUACCUAACAUUAUUCAUUUUAUUUUGCCUUUA